CCUGUGCUGGAGAUUUAAAUAAUCCUUCAGGGCACCCUGAGAGUACCAGAGCCUUUGGCAGACAGAGGAAAACCUGCGAAAGAGGAUGAACAAGCUGCAGAGACUGCUUCAGAACAAGAUCCUGAUCCUGACAAUAUGUGCUGCUGGGAUUGGAGGCACCUUCCAGUAUGGGUACAACAUCUCCAUCAUCAAUGCCCCAGCCUCAUACAUCCAGGUGUUCAUGAACACGACCUGGCUGGAGCGCAUGGGAGUUCCCCUGGAGAGCAACAUGGUGCUGCUGCUCUGGUCCUUCACUGUCUCUGCCUACCCUCUGGGAGGCCUCACUGGGGCUGUGGCUGCUGGCCCCAUGGCCAUCAUGCUGGGCAGGAAGAUGUCCCUGCUGCUGAACAAUGGCUUUGUGAUCAUAGCUGCAGCUUUGUCCGGGUGCAGCCGAAUGGCCAAGUCCUUUGAAAUGAUCAUGCUCAGCAGAUUUUUUACUGGUGUGAAUGCAGGUGUGAGCAUGAACAUUCAGCCCAUGUACCUGGCAGAGAGUGCCCCAAAGAAGCUCAGAGGAGCUGUGGCCUUGACCUCUGCAUCAUUUACAGCCCUGGGGCUGGUGCUGGGGCAGGUUGUUGGACUCAGGGAGCUCCUGGGAGGGGAGGAGAGCUGGCCAUUCCUUUUAGCAAGCAACGUGGUUCCUGCCCUGAUCCAGCUCACAGCUCUGCCUUGGUUCCCUGAAAGUCCCAGGUAUCUCUUGAUUGACCGUGGAGACAAAGAAUCCUGCAUCUCUGCCCUGCAGAAGCUCAGAGGCACCAGUGACCUGAGUGCAGAGCUGGAAGAGAUGCUGGCAGAGCAGGCUGCAGUGAAAGGCCAGAGAGCAAAGAACCCCUGGGAGCUGUUCCAGAACCCAGGGCUGCGCUGGCAGCUGGUGAGCAUCGUGGUGCUGAGCAGCGCCAUGCAGCUCUGCGGCAACGACUCGAUGUAUUUUUAUGCAGCUUAUGUGUUCCAAGAGGCUGGAAUUCCUGAGGACAAAAUCCCCUAUGUUGUAAUCGGCACGGGAAGCUGUGAGCUGAUCACAUCUGUCACUUGUAACAUGAUCAUAGACUAUGCUGGUCGGAGGCCGCUGCUGCUGGGGGGAUACAUCUUCAUGGCAGCCUGGGCCAUUGUCUUCAUGGUCGCCCUGAGCCAGCAGACUCAGAUUAGCUGGAUGCCUUAUCUCAGCAUGGCCUGCAUUUUCGCCUAUAUCCUGAGCUUUGGAAUCGGACCAGCUGGUGUAACGGGAGUUCUGCCCACAGAGGUUUUUGAUCAAAUGUCCCGACCAGCUGCUUACAUGAUCUGUGGCUCCCUGCUCUGGUUCAACCUGUUUCUGGUGGGAACAGCCUUUCCCUUCAUUGUGAAAAGUCUAGCACAUUUCUGCUACAUCCCAUUCCUUGUGGUCUGUGUCUGCACUGCCCUCUACGUUUGGUUUUUCCUUCCUGAGACAAAGGGAAAAUCCUUCCUGGAAAUCUCGGAGGAGUUCAGGAAAAGGAACUUCAAAGCUAAGACCCGUGGAGGUUUCUAUAAAGGCCCUGAGGAGAUCAAAACCACCCCAUUGUAGCAGAAGAAAGGAAGAUGCUAUCUGGGGGAAUUCUGCAGUGAAUUCAGCAGUGGCUCUGUGCCCUUGCAGGGACACAAAGAGAGAAGUUAGGGACAAUAUAUUACUCUUAGGUUC